AUGCCGGUUUCCUUUGCACUGGUUUGCGACUUGCUGGAAGAAUGCCAAAAGUUGCGCAUCCUGAAAAAGCCCAGCUCGAAAGCCGUCGUUGCUUGGUUUUCCCGUCACCGAAAACGCAUCGACGCACCCGACACAGACCUCCCUGCUCUGCUUUCGACCCUCCUGCCCGAGAAGCGGACAGACAGGGUGUACAACAUCAGAACCAACACACUCGAAAAGUUGAUUGGCAAAGCCUUGAUGCUGGGAGCUUCUCGCGUGGCCGAACUGGCUCGGUAUAAACGACCAGGCCUGGGGUUCGAUCUCGCUGAUUGCGUCGAACGGAUCCUUACUGCUACUCCGAAUCCCACGAGAGCCGAGAGCCACGAAAUCACUGUCGAGGAGAUUGACAAGGUUUUGCACGAACUGGCGUCGAAAGUGAUAUGGAGCUCUCCGUCCAUCCGUUGUGCCCAGGCGACUCUUGCCCCCCGCCGCCCUUGUGAUGUUUUGGGAGACGUCUAUCGUCGGCUCUCUGCGAGGGAGGCCAAGUGGUUCACGCGACUAGUUUUGAAAGACUUCCAGCCUCUCAUUUUGGAUUCCGCACUUGUCUAUAGAAGCUGCGAUUGGGCCUUGCCUCUCAUUCUCAAGGUUCGGGAGGAUUUCUCCACAGCAAUUGAUACUCUACAGUCUCUCAGAAGAGGCAUACUCAGGAACGGCGUGAAGCUUGAACCUAUUAAAGCUUGUCAUGUUGCCGCGUUGCGGCCGAGACUCGGCAUCAAAGUAGGCAGACAAAGUUGGCGCAAAGGUCGCAGUAUUAAGCACUGUCUUGACAUGGGACAUGGCCGCAUGAGCGUGGAGAACAAGGUCGAUGGUGAAUACUGUCAAAUACACGUAAGCCUGGCUCAUGGAGUCUCGCGAAUCCAAAUCUUUUCCAAGAGUGGGAAAGAUAGCACCGAGGACAGGUGCAAACUACACGGCGUGAUCAAAAAGUCCCUCGGACUGGGACUUUCAAGUUGCAGCGUGAAACAGGAGUGUAUUCUAGAGGGGGAGCUUGUUGUACACGAUGAUGUGGAAAACAGGAUCAUGCCCUUUCACAAAAUCCGAAACCACGUGGCAAGAAGAGGUCGAUUGAUCCAUGUCGAGAUGGACUCGCCACCACGCACACAUGAGAAUCUUAUGAUUGUAUACUACGACAUGUUACUCCUCGACGGACAGUCUCUGCUGGCAACCCGCCAUUCUGAACGGUUCAAGCUCCUGAAACGAGUCAUUCACUGCGAAGAAGGCCGGGUGCAGUUGGUGACGAGAACGCUGGUCGACUUUCACCGCCGCACGGCGGCCUCCGAGCUGCGGAGAGCUUUCUCUCGCGUCAUCACGGCAAAGGGAGAAGGCUUGGUGCUGAAGGCCGACGAGCCCUACUUCAACUUCGCCCGCCCCGGCGGCGCGGUUUCGGGAACGUGCAUCAAGCUCAAGAAGGAGUACAUCGGGACCUUUGGCGACGUGGGAGACUUUGCCGUGGUGGGCGCCGGCUUCAACGCCGCCAAGGCGAAGACGUACAGAAUCCCCAGCCUGAAAUGGACCGUCUUCUACCUAGGCUGCCUGGAGAACCGGGAAGAAGUCAGACGUUGGCGGUCGAGACCGGAGUUCACCGUGGUCAGCGCCGUGGAGAUUGCGGAGCCGCUCCUCGAGGCCUUCGUGGCGCAUGCCUGUUCCUCGCCAGCACCCCUGGGCGAGAACGGGUCGACCAAGCUGAGGAUUCCGCCGGGGAUCGAGGCCGACGCCCCGCUGACUGUCGCCUUUCAGAAACCCGCCGUGUUCGACCUUCGAUGCUUCAGCUUUGAUAAGCCCGGCAACGUGGGCUUCUGGACAAUGCGCUUCCCGGCCGUGACAAGGAUCCAUUUCGACAGAGACUACUCCGACUGCGUGACCUUUGACGAGCUGCAGGAAAUGGCCGGGAAGGCCCGGGAGACGCCAGAUCCGGACGACAGUCAGGAGAACCUGUGGUGGAUUGCUAGACUCGAGAGCGCUGAUCCCGGCGGACGGGCAGUCGACGCUGCCAGCCAGCUGACCGCCACAACUAUGCCGACUCCAUCACCGCGCGCAUCGCAAUCCCCCUCCUCGUUCCAGCGGUCGCCAUUGGAGAGCAGCACAAGUGCGGAGUCGACGAGCAACAGCCGACUCGGCAAACCAUCCAGUGCCGCUUCUGCGACAUGUCCCGCCAGACCGGCUCCCGCUUCCCCAUCAGGCGCAGCAGUAUCAGAUUAUGCAGCCAAGUGCAAGUCACCAGCGCCCUUGUCGCCAGCUACGUCUACCCCCAAACGCCGGGCUUCUUCCGCCCCCCAGUCAUCCCCAGCGUCAACCUCGAAAAAGCCGCGCCAGGCUCUGCAAGACGUCGACGGAAACGCCUCCCAGCCUUCCGCGUCUUCCUGCCCCCUGUCCGCCGCAGCUGGAGCACCGCGAGACCGUCUCCGUCACGGCCAAGAACCCGUGGGGUCUCUUGCGCAGGACACGAGAGCGCGCGAGCCCACUGCCGCGAGCCCUGCCGACCCAGUCGAGAAGUCUCGGCUCGAAACCGCUCGCACCCUGCUCGCCAUGCCGUCUUCUCCGUCCCGGUGCUCAUACGCAGGGGGGAAGACCGAGACCCUCGAGUACUGCAAGUUUGCCGGCAGAAAAUGCCGCUUGGCCGACUGCAAGAUCCUGCUGGCGACGAAAGCACUUGGUGCGCUGUCGAGGCCCGUCGAACUCAUGGAGGCUCAUGGCGCGGCGGGAGCGGCCGCGGAUAUGGACGGCUGGCUUGCGGCGAAUGGGUUUGGCGCCGCGCUGGGCAGCGGGUCUUUGCGCGUGAUUAUCCUGGUCGAUACGGUGGCCAAGGCGGACGAAACGAGGCAGGUUGUUGCGGCUGUCGAGCGGGCCAGAAGGGACUUGCCUGGGAGGACGCGAGGCUGGAUUGCGGUGUUUGAUUGGCGCAUGCUGGACCACUUGAGCAUAAUGGAGGACGAGAACAUCAAGAAGAAAUACUAUGACGGAUUCCAUGAUCCGUGGCGGAGGUGGUAUUGCGGGAUUGUAUGA